UGAACCUGCCGGUGAAGGUCCCACAUCCAGGACUGAGGCUCAGGGAGAUGCUGAGGGUGUGUCUGCGGGGAGGACUUCACCAACUCCAGGGCUGGAUGCUUGGCCCCAACCCAGCUCCCAUCACAGGGGUCCUCCGACAGGAGAGACCAAAGACAUGGCAGGCAAGAAAUUCCAGGACCCAUUAGAAAUCAUGUGGCAAAUGCUGAAGGAACGUCUACAGAGAAGGCAAGAGAUAGACAUAGUGCUUCAGUGGAAGGUGGCAUUUCUUGAAGGAAGCACUCCAUCUUCGGUGCCAGCCCCUGCUGCAGGAAAGAAGGCAAUGCCAGACACGGGCACAGGCACAGCAGACUGGGAGGCUGGGAAGGAUUCCCCAUUAGCCUGGCGCUCUGAAGUUGUGAAGCCCUCCGAGCAUUCUGCAGAUGUGUCUGCAGGGACGACUUCACCAACUCCUACCCUGGAUGCUGCACAAAAGCCCAGCUCCCAUGGCAGGGGUCCUACGACAGGAGAAACCAAAGACAUGGCCGGCAAGAAAUUCCAGGACCCAUUAGAAAUCAUGUGGCAAAUGCUGAAGGAAUGUCUGCAGAGAAGACAAGAAAUGAAAGGAGAGCCUGUGCAGAAGGAAGCAUUUCCCGGAGGAUGCAGUGGUUCUGUGCCAGCCUCUGCUGCAGGAAGGGAGGCCAUGCCAGGCACAGACACAGGAGCCUGGAAUCGUGACAUGGGUUUUCAGGAAGUCCUGAUGAAGGAUGGUUUGAAGUUCCUGGAGGAUGCUGGAGGCAAGUUUUCAUUCUGCCUUUCCUGAGUGAAUAAUCAGGAUCAAUGCAACAAAAGCUCAUUUAUAAACCAUUUCCCUUAACAUUAUGUAAGGGCUGAAGGAUUCUGAGAAUCUUUCCCUGCUCCCUUCUGGAUCCCUCCCUGCUCCCUUCUGGAUCCCUGAGGGAUCCCACAGGAUCACUGUCAGUGGGAGGAAGGAGCAUU